AGGCAAAGUCUCUUCAAUUGCACGAAUGAAGAGACGCAAGUUCAGUCUCCUUCACUCUUUCACUCUUUCUCUCUCUUUUUCAUGACUCGUCCUCGUCUCUCCCACCGCAGCUCGACUGCUCUCCCGCUGCUCGUGCUCGCAGCCGUCGCCGUCGUCGCUGCCACCUGCGCAACCGUCGCCGUCGGACAGCAGACCGUGACGCUGACGACCGAGAACGGCGCUCCAAUUGACAAUGCGCGCUCUGCACAGACGGUCGGCAACCGCGGCCCGGUGCUCCUCCAGGACUUCCAGCUGAUCGAGCGCCUCCAGAUUCACAACCGUGAGCGCAUUCCCGAACGUAACGUCCAUGCACGCGGCGCACUCGCAAAGGGCUACUUCCAGGUCACCGACGACAUCUCAAACCUCACGUUUGCCGAAGUGUUCAACGGCGUUGGAAAGCAAACCCCGGUUGCCCUUCGCUUCUCCACCGUCAUUCACAGCCUGCACAGCCCCGAGUUUCUCCGCGACCCGCGCGGAUUUGCCCUCAAGUUCUACUCUCAGGAAGGCAACUACGACAUUGUCGGCCUCAACUUCCCCGUCUUCUUCAUUCGCGACGGCAUCCGCUUCCCCGAAAUGAUCCGCUCGCUCAAGCCCAACCCUCUCACUGGCGUUCAGGAGUGGUGGCGCGUUUGGGACUUUUUCUCCAACUACCCCGAGAGCACGCACAUGUUCACCUGGCUGCUCGACGACGUCGGUAUUCCCGCUUCGUACUGCCAACUUGAUGGCUGGGGUGUGCACACCUACAAGUUUAUCUCAAAGGCUGGCAAGGAACUCCUCGUUCGUUACUACUUUGAGAGCGCCCAGGGUGUUGUUUCUCUCAACGACGACGACGCCGUCAAGGAGCACUUUUCGUUUGCCACCAUCGACCUGACCAACCGCAUGAACGCAGGCUCCUGCAAGUGGACGCUGUAUAUUCAAGUGCUCGACCCCAGCGACACCCGCAAGAUUGAAAGCCUGUCGUACGACUAUCUCGACACCACCAAGCAGUGGCAAGUUUCCGACUUCCCGCUGCAGCGCGUUGGCACCCUUGUCUUGAACGAGAACCCCCGCAACCAGUUCCUUGAGAAUGAGCAAUCCGCCUUCUCCCCUGCCCGAAUGGUGCCAGGCAUUGCCCCUUCCGACGAAAAGAUGCUCCAGGCUCGUCUGUUCUCUUAUGGCGAUACCCAACGCUACCGUCUUGGCACCAACAACCAAAUGCUGCCCAUCAACCGUCCCAAGUGCCCCUUCUUUGACAACCACGUCGAUGGCUUGAUGAACUUUAACGAGCCCACCGCCGAUUCGGCUGGCGAAAUCAACUACUUCCCUUCGAACAUUCGCACCAACGUCAAGGAAGCCGCGCCCUACUACCAUGAAACGGAGGUCGUCACUGGCCAGAAGGUCCGUGCCAACAUCAACCUGACGAACGAUUUUGCGCAGCCUGGCGCGCGCUACCGCUCGUUCGACUCUGAUCGCCAAAACCGACUGGCCCAGCGCAUCGCUUCUGCCCUCUCCGACCCCCGUCUCCCUCCCGCGAUCCAGUCCACCUGGCUCGGCUACUUUGGCAGCGCCGACGCUGGACUUCGCAGCAGCAUUGAGCACUACCUGAGCGCCCUCCAAAUGUCGCCCGAGAUGGUCGCCGAGGGUGUUUCUGCCGGCACCCUCCACCCCAAGCUGAAGGACAUUCACGCCUUCCGCGCAGCCUUCCACCGCGCUGCCGGCUCCCAGUGAGUGUGUGAGUGCGUGAUUGAGUGAGGGUUUUUUUUGUUUGUUGUUGAUACAACGCAGUUUCUGCGUUUUGUUGCUUUUGCCCGUUCUCUCGUUUUCGUAUUCUCUGUGCCAUGCAAUUCUUGAGGUCCAAUGACCGAGGAAUCGCACGCAGCUCGUGUUGUUGAUAUCCGGGUUCUCCCGCUUUGUCUGAGCAAUACAGUUUUUGACCUUUGCACCACAA